CUCCCACAAUAUUUGAAUGUAAUGAAGUCUGCCCGAGUAGCUACUGAGCUCUCUCACCUCCUACCCUUUGCAGAGCAACUCUCUCACUAUGUCCGAGCACGCCCCGCUACCAGUCCACACCAGCAAUACUUUCGAAGACCUCAGCGGCGUCUCAGCGGAGGCCUUCAGCAACCCAUACGAUGCUCUAAUUGCUGCUUCAGAAGAUGAUCCAGCUCAGAUACAGUCACGAUAUACGAUCCAUCGAACCACAAGGAAUGCGCAACAAAAGGCCAAGAUGCUAGACAAGCAGUUCGCCGGACCGAGUAUCGACCCUAUCCUGCUUCGAUUAAACGACCAUACUGUUGAGCCGGGAUACGUCGAUCCGCGGCACUGCCUGGUCUUUUGGGGACGCCCUACGCAGAGAAUCAAGGAUCUGAUCAACCAGGUGCAGCAAGAACUUGCCACCGUCGCCCCAAACCUCUGGCUCAUGCCUCAGGACUGUCUGCACAUCACCGUGCUGGAGAUCACGCAUUCAAAAACUAAUGAAGACAUCCAACACCUAGUUCACAUGAUGCGAGAGAAGAUCCCUCCUAUCACCGACUACACCUUCAACCAUCGCGCACGUCUAAUCAAGCCCAUGGUUGGCUUUGACGCGUCCGCACUAGCUUUGAGCUUCGUUCCCGCAUCCGGCGAAGGCCUCCAUUCCGGAAGGACGGCGGAAGACGACAAGUACACGUACCAUCAUCUCCGUCGGGAUGUGUACAACUUGUGCCUGGAAACAGGUGUCUCAGUCGAUUCUAGAUACGUGGUUCCUUCAAGUCAUCUGACCAUUGGGCGAUUUAUUAACCGCAGCGAUUUUGCGGACGAAGCAGGCGCCUACGAGCCGCCAAAAAUGGAGGCCUUCAUCGGGAAGAUCGAAGAGAUCAACGAGAGGCUCCAGAAGGAAUUCUGGCCAGAGUUCCACGAUGGGCAGAUACCAGACGGAGGAGAUUGGCUGGUCGGCGAAGAGAAAGGGUUGGACUGUCGUAACGGGACCCUCUGGUACGGGGGCGGAGAAUCCGCGCUCACGCCUACCUAUAUCUAUACCAUGUUCAACCGGGACAGACUCCCCGGGCUCCCCGGGAGCUCACCGCGGCCCCCAAAUCGUAACAACGACGGCUAUGGUCGGGCCCCGCAACAACAACCACCGCCUCGCUCCCCUGCGUACAACGAUACUAGAAUGAGUGGCUAUGAAGACCAACAGCCUCCACCGGGCUAUGGCCCAGGGCCAGGCGCUCAACAACGUGUGCCUAUGCGAGGAGGUCCUCAGAGCGGUAUGCCACCCAGCAUGUCCAGAACUAUGCACCUACGGCCCAUCAAAAGCCCUGGGGGCAAUGCGUACGCAUUUGGAAACUUAGUGGCAGUUUCUCCCCAGGACUUCCCGCCUACUCGCGACGGCUCCGACACCUACAUCCGGGUAAACCGCAACUAUGUAUUAUCCGCAAGGCCUACUGAAGGGUGUCGCCCAGGCGAGAUUGGCCUCACGGACGCGCAGCGAACAUGGGCAGGAAUCUCGCUUGGACCGCAGGAUAUGGUCACCGUUGAGCCAUAUGAUGCAUUCAGUCAAGGCGGGCAGUCAUAUCUGGGCAACAUUGAAGUGGAAGUUGGGUUCGCUACGAGAAAGACCACCGAUACACAGUACGACCAAGACGAACUCGCGACAGCGUUCAAGAAGAACUUCGAGAACCAGAUUCUCGCCCCUGGCCAGCAGGUCCUUAUGGACAUCAGGAAUAUCGUCCUCCGCAUGACGGUACGGACGGUUCAGCUGGUCGAUCUCUCGAUGGAGAAAGAGACUGCAUCUGGAAACCCACUCACUGAUCCCAACGCCCGAGGUAUUCUCACUCGACACUCACAAGUUGAUUUCUUCAAGGAUGCGCGGACCGACAUCAAGCUCAAGGCCUCCAACAGGCGUCCUGCUGCAAAUGCCAUUGUUCAGCCAGGCUUCAAGUUCGAAGAUAUGGGUAUCGGCGGCUUGGAUACUGAGUUUAGCGCCAUCUUCCGGAGAGCCUUCGCUUCUCGAAUUUUCCCGCCGGGUCUUGUUGACAAGCUCGGUAUCCAGCAUGUGCGAGGAAUUCUGCUCUACGGUCCCCCGGGGACAGGCAAAACCUUGAUAGCGCGUCAAAUUGGCAAGAUGCUGAAUGCGAGAGAGCCAAAAGUUAUCAACGGCCCCGAAGUGCUAAACAAAUACGUUGGUCAGUCUGAAGAAAACAUCCGUAAGCUUUUCGCAGAUGCAGAGAAAGAGUACAAAGAGAAGGGCGAUGAGAGCGGCCUUCACAUCAUCAUCUUCGACGAACUGGACGCUGUCUGCAAACAGAGAGGGUCUAGCACAGGCGGAACAGGGGUCGGCGACAGUGUCGUCAACCAGCUGCUUUCCAAGCUCGAUGGUGUGGACCAGCUGAACAAUAUACUUCUCAUCGGCAUGACCAACCGAAUGGACAUGAUCGAUGAGGCCCUCCUGCGUGCCGGUCGUUUGGAGGUUCACAUGGAAAUAUCACUCCCGGAUGAAGCUGGGCGUGCUCAGAUUAUGAAAAUCCACACGGCGAAGAUGCGCAGCAACAAUGUCAUAGACAGCGAUGUUAACAUCGAUGAGCUGGCUAAACUUACGAAGAACUUCUCGGGCGCUGAAAUCAACGGUCUGGUAAAGGCAGCAUCGUCAUUCGCCUUCAGUCGCCAUAUCAAGGUCGGCACGAUGGCAUCCAUCAAUUCGGACGUAGAGAACAUGAAGGUGAACCGCCAGGACUUCAUGAACGCCCUUGACGAAGUGAAGCCGCUCUUUGGUGUCGCAGAGGAGGAGCUUGGACAGCGCAUUCUUCGCGGUAUCAUACACUACUCGUCCUUCAUCCACGACAUCCUAGAGGAAGGGAGGCUCUAUAUCAACCAGGUUAGGAAAUCCACCCCUGUCCUGUCUGUUGCCCUGCAUGGUCCUCCUGGAAGCGGCAAAACGGCCCUCGCUGCGAAAAUGGCCAUGGACUCGGACUUCCCGUUCAUCAAACUUGUGUCACCCGAGGACAUGGUUGGCUUUAGCGAGAUGCAGAAGGUACAACAACUUGACAAGACGUUCCGAGAUGCAUACAAAAGCCCCCUUAGUGUCAUCGUAAUCGACAACAUCGAGAUGCUGGUUGAUUGGGCACCGAUCGGGCCUCGCUUCAGCAACAAUGUAUUGGUUGCACUCAAGGUUCUGCUCGAGAAGCAGCCACCCAAGGAUCGUCGUCUUCUGAUCUUUGCAACCACGACCGAGCGGUCGGUACUUACCCAGCUGGAUCUGUUCAGCCGGUUCGACGCAGAGAUCGCGGUGCCAAAUGUCAACACGCAAGCCGAGCUCGCACAGGUGCUGCAGCAAUCGGGUGCGUUCUCAGAUCGCGAUCAGCAACGAGCCAUCGGGGAAAUCCAGGAGAUUACGGGUGGUGCAGAGGUUGGCGUCGGCAUCAAGAAGAUCUUGACAGCCAUCGAGACGGCCAAGCAGGAUCAGGACGUGCCUGGCCGUUUUGCUAGAGUCAUGUCCCGGCAUAUUGCAGCCAACAGGAGCACGUACACUUAGCACAGCAUCGGAAGUGAAGGCGUUGGCACGGUCCUCGAGCAGGUACUACGUGGUUGGGAGUGGUCCAGGCUGACGAGUGCGUACGAAGAGUCGAUGCAGGGCCGCCCCAUAGAUAGACUGUAUAGACGCAUAGCCAAUGGCUUUUAGAGUCUCUGGCGCUCCUCCAGCCGCCGCCUGAGCUCUCGUUUUGCCGACGUCGCUGACCCACAGCUCGGGAACCCUGUGCAACGAUACCGUCUCAGCAGCUGUCCACGCGCGAUUCGCAUGGCACUUUUUGACAGCGGUGCCACACGGCGGAUCGGCGCGGAGGC